AUGCCUUUACUCUGCCUUCGCAGAAGCCAGCGCCUAUUCAAGGCUGCUCCCGCGACCGAAUGCGUCAUCCCUUGUGGGGACUCCGCAGCUUACGACCGUUCUUCCGAGUUUCGGUGGGUCUACAACAAACUCACUGUUGCCGAAUUGCAGGGCAUCCCCUGCGGCCCUCAUGGCACGCAGCCGCCGCUGGACCUUUACCCCGUCUUCAGUAAGCCGAUCUACAACCUGGGCGGCAUGGGGGCCGAAGCCCGUCCUAUUGCCAACACGAGGGAGUACUUGGUCUCGUUGACGCCGGGUCAUAUGUGGUCAACUUGUCUGCAAGGCGAGCAUCACAGCACGGACAUCGCAGUCAUCCAGGGUCGGGUGGUCUGGCUAAGCCAUACACGCGGGAUACCCGGACCGCAGCAGACUUGGGAUUAUUGGGAAGUCAAUGUAUCUGCAUCACCAUUGCUGCAGAAGACUAUUACCAACUUCAUCGAGACGCACUUGAAGACUUACACGGGAAUGCUAAAUAUGGAGACGAUUGGACACAAGAUCAUCGAAAUUCAUCUGCGCUUUUCACCUCAGUGGCCUGACCUGUACGGCAUGGGUUUUCUUUUCUCCCUCGUAACUUUGUACAGCGCCGGUGAGUGGGAGGAUCCAUAUACGCGCCCCAAAACAGGGUAUAGUUUUGUUCUGUUUGAUGAAGAGAAAUAUGCGCAGAUAAGCGCUACUGUUUCGGAUGACUUGCUGGAAGAGAUGGAGAGACGGUGUGAGGUCCGCAGCAUCACUAUGCGGUAUGAUGCGGAUACGCCAAUUCGGAGCGUUAUGAAACCAUUGGGUGGCUGGCGGAUAGCUUGGAUUAACGGAUUGGAUCUGGAAAGGUGUAAGCGAGCAAGAGAGAUGUUAAGAGCGUACUUACACCAGCUGUACCAAUCGGCCAACGCCCAAUAA